CUGAUAAUCCAGUUCACACGAUACUUGGAGUUUCAGAGUGAGCAGAAUGUUUGGUCUAUAUAACCGUUUAUUGUCUCGCUAUCCCAUCCUCACCCAAAGUGUGCAAACCGCGAUUUUGUUCGGAACAGGCGAUGUUAUUGCACAGCAGGCCGUGGAACAAAAAGGUCUGAGCAACCAUGACUUUGACCGUACAGUUCGUAUGAUUGGAUUCGGUGGUGUAGUAGCGGGACCGGUUCUCAGUACCUGGUAUCGAUUUCUGGAGAAAAACGUCAAAGGAUCUACUCCAUUCCGAGCAUUGGCAACCAAAGUUGCCAUCGAUCAGUGUCUUUUCGCGCCCCUUUUCAUUGGAGUGUUCUUCUGCGCUCAAGGCUUAUUCGAAGGCAAAUCAGUGGAUGAAAUUAGAAGCAAACUUCAAACCAACUAUGGGACCGCCGUCAUCAGCAAUUACAAGUUGUGGCCAGCCGUCCAAUUCGCUAAUUUCUAUUUGAUACCAUUGAAUCAUCGUCUUAUGGUCACCAAUGUCGUUGCUUUGGGGUGGAACGCGUAUUUAUCACUCGUAAAUCAACGAUCGGUAUCAGGAACAUCGCCAACCGAAGUCAUCUCGCCUGCUACAUAGAUUCUGAGAAAUAAAAUUACAUAUUAAGAUUUCGCCUCUGGUACGACAUAAAGAGGUUAAUCCGUCAUUUCAGGGACCUGAAGCUCUCAUACUCGCUGUAUACAUAUAUA